UCCUGGAGAUAAUAAGGUUGUUUGAGCGAGGCAACCCCCGGAAAUUCAUUGUUUUGGUUCAUCCCGCCACCGACUACAAACGAGACUACACGAGAGCGCUAAAGUUUCUCAUAAAAAGCAAUCUGCAAUAUUUUCUCGACAUGACGGAAUUGUGCAGAAAGGGCAACGCCAGGGAAAAUGAAGCAUUUGAAAUUCCAGUUCGAGCUUCUGAUGGACAGUAUUUGAGCGCUCUCCACCCAAAGUACCUUCAUACAAACUCCACAAGUCAUACAUGGCCAUUCAGUGCUGUUGCUGAACUAAUUGAUAAUGCUUAUGACCCUGAUGUGAAUGCCAGUCAGCUGAUUAUUGAUGUUAAAAUGUUAAAAGGCCAAACGUUGCUUGUGUUUACUGACAAUGGAACUGGAAUGUCACCAAGUCAUUUAUAUAAAAUGGUCAGCUUUGGAUUCUCAGAAAAGAUUGCUUCUGGUGACCAUUUGCCAGUAGGCCAAUAUGGAAAUGGUUUCAAAUCAGGAUCCAUGCGACUUGGCAAGGAUGCUCUUGUCUUCACGAAGAGAGAUAACCGUUGCAGUUUAGCAUUUCUAUCUCAAACUUAUUUGGAGAAGAUAAACUCCAAGACAAUAAUUGUGCCCUUGGCCACAUGGGAUACAAAAAAGUUCACUUUGUUAGAAGCAGAUAACGGGGGAAGAAAGUCGUUGAGGCAGAUACUAGAACAUUCAGUGAUUUCGACAAUCGCUGACCUGAAGGAGGAAUUCAAACAGAUCCCGGGAUCUUCAGGAACGCGUAUCAUUAUCUAUAAUCUAAGGCGAUAUUCUGGAGGCAUCAAAUAUGAACUUGAUUUCACAACUGAUAGCAAUGAUAUACGAAUUCCAGACGAUUUGUCGGACACUGACGAGGCUCGUUACAAAAGGGAGCAAAGACAAGACCACAUUCCGGCUUCGGAUUAUUCGCUAAGGGCGUAUUGUUCCAUUUUGUACUUGAAGCCAAGAAUGCAAAUAAUUCUUCGAGGGAAGAAAGUGAAAACGACAGUCAUUGCAAAGAGUCUUGCGAAGACUGAGGUGGAUCUUUACAAGCCAAGCACACCAUCCGGAUAUGCAAAACCAGUAAAAAUAACAUUUGGCUUCAGUCAGAACAAAAAUCAUUAUGGAAUAAUGAUGUACCACAGAAACAGAUUAAUAAAGCCGUAUGUGAGGGUUGGGUAUCAAUUGAAGCCAAAUUCCCUAGGUGUUGGAGUUAUUGGUGUAAUUGAAUGCGAUUUUCUGCAGCCAACUCAUAACAAGCAAGACUUCGACCAAUCUAAAGCUUUCAGAGCGUGCAUGGCUGGUCUGGGAAGAAAAUUGAACGAAUACUGGCAAGAGAAAAAAGGAUCGAACAAGCAGGCAACGAGCUCGCAGCAACUUGUUGAGGAGAACGAAGUGCUACUUCCAGACCAAAAGUGGGUUCAGUGCGAUAACAUGAACUGUUUAAAAUGGAGAAUACUACCUGACAAUACCAACCUCGACUCACUGCCGGACAAGUGGUAUUGCAAAGAUCAUCCCCUAGAGGAAUGGAGGUCUUGUGACAUUCCAGAAAAGCUAGAAGACAAGGAAGAGACCAUCACACCUUAUAAGAAAGAAGUUACCAAGCAGAUGAAAAAGGAGCAGCAACAAAAACGGAAGCAGACGGAAAACAGCUCGAAAUUGGCGACCGAGCUGCAACAGAUGGUGGAGAAAAAAGAACAGGAGCUUGAAGAGGAGAAACGCAAAAGGUCGCAGAAUGAAAUAAAAGCCAAAGCCCACGAACAAGAAAUAAAAAGGUUAAAAUUAGAACUGGAAAAAAGCAGAGCAAAGGAUGCAUCGUCUGGAGACGCAACACCUUCCGACAUUAUGUCCAUGGACAGAACUAUGACGCCAUCAGAGAGAACAUCCAAGAAGUCAAAAGGCAUGACAGAGUUGAAUUCGACCGUCUCAGUUUUGCCUGCGAAAUGUUCAAGUGUUUCCUUGCAAACGCUUCCAAAGCCUGCAAGAUCUUCUCAACCUCUUUCAACAUCAGUUGAUAUUUCAUCUCCUAUUUUCACAGCAUCACCUUCAAUUCUAAGAGAAUCUUCUGUUUCAGCUCCGGUUGCUUCUGCUGUAACUAUAACGGCACGCCCAACCAGGCAAAGUAUAAACCAAGCUAUCAAAGUGAGGCUGCCGUUCACUACACGUCGAAAUUCACUAGCAGCUACAACUGGCGAAAUUGCCAUUGCACCCGUCCAAACUGCUGUGCAAGUUUCCGAAUCUGCUGCACUGACAGCAACGCCAAGGGGCAGUCAGGGGGCAUCUACGAACUUGGCUGUAAACAUGGUGACGUCAGUAAUAUCUACUAAACAGAGUCCUUCAGUACUGGCUUGCAUUCAGCCUCAACCGGGGGUACUUUCAAAACAAGUCAUUACUUUUACCCCAACGAGGCACAGUGGGGCAACAACCUCGCAGCAAAUCCAAAGAACCCCCGCAACUCCAAAACUUUAUCGCUUUGUUGUUACCGACCCUUCGAAGGUGCGUUUGCCAGAAAAUUUGCCGUUUUCUCCGUCAUCAAUCGUGCAAGCAAAGAUACCUAAAACCGAGCCAAUGACGACUGCUGUAGCAACCAACAGUAUGCCAGUGAACACGAUUGGACAACAAAUACCAACAUCAAAGGACAUCAGUAAACAGUUGGCUCAAAUAGGCAUAGAUGCAAUCGCGGCGCAGGCUGAGAUGAUGGUUCCUUCUAUGGCCAUUUCAACCGAGUCAGCUGCUACAAGCAUGGCACCUUCUGCUUCUGAGGAUUCAAUCGUGAGCAAAAGUCGGUCGUGCUUAGAAGACACUGCCAACGGACUAAACACCCGCCCCUCGACCUUGGAUAACAAAGAAUCAAAUGCAGAUGUGACUGGGUCAAAAAGAGUACAUGAUGAAGACGAUGAAGUCCAAAUAAUUGAUUCGAAGGCCAAAAAGAAGUGUACAGUGAAAAACGAAGAUAGUGUGCAAACUACCAAGCCAGGCACAGGGGAAAUCGAACAGACUAUUCAAAGAGGUCAGAAAAGCAAUGGCAUUGAUUCGGACGCAAAGAAAGGUGAAAAAGGUUUGAGUAUUGAGGGCAUAUCACAAGAUGUGUUUAAGAAUGUUGAUAAAGAUCUUAUAGAGGACAUUAAAAGGAUUCCAGAAGGAAAAGCGCGAACUUUUCUUAUGCAACGAAGCCAGCAACUAAGAGACUUACGAAAAAGCAUAUGCCAGCUUUUAGGACUGCUUGUACCAGAUUUAAACCUGCCGCAACCAGGAAAGAUGCCUUUAGAUGACAACACAAUUGAUGUUCUGUUGCGGGAUGUUUUGGAUGCUAACAAGGAUUCAAAGACUAUUUAGCAUUUAGGAGUAUGGCUAUUGCUUUUGUUUGACGAGCUGAUGCCGUUUCUUUUCAACCGGAAGGGAGAUUUACCAGUGUACCAAGCUAUUCAGAAAAGGCUCGUGUUGCUAUGUGAGCAAAUGGAGUAAGUGGAUGAAGGCUAGGUCUUGAAUUAGUUUUUGAAAACGUGGAGACUGGGAGGUGGCAGCAAAUCUCGUCUCGCUGCGCAGAAUGCAAGCAUAUCCUUCGACGCAGUGAUUUUCAAUGUUUGCUGGUUUACGCUCGUAAUCAGUCCACCCUUGUUCAAAAUGGUUUCGACCAGAAUGUUGCUUUCCCCGAGCAAUAUUAAUGUUAAUUACAAGCCUUUUGUUCUGCGAGUGAUAAUUCCCUAUGGUUGUUUAUGCUUACGAACACGGUUGUAGUUUUGGAUCUCAAAUUUUAUCGUGUUGUGAUUAGUCCAUGUUGUUAUUUUUUGCGAUUUUGGAGUUUUGAAAGUCCAGUCAGCUUUGUGCGGAAACGGUUGUUUAGAAAUGUGUGAAUGUUGAACAAAUUGAAAGUUUUGAAUUAUUGUGUAGUCAAUUUUAUAAGAUAUAUUGUAAAUGUCUGCAAAUAUGUUAUGUUAAGGAGAAUCUUGUGUUUUAUGGAGAGGGAACCUUCGGUAUUGAGACAUUUAAUUGCAUACUAAAUGCAUCUUUCUUCCAUGUUUAAGUUGAGCGCCAAAUUAGAUUCAUCAGCUCGUUAUGCUGUCGUUAAGGUAUCGUCUUACAGAUAUUUUCUUGGAUUUGUAAUAUGUAAGCUUUUUAAAGGAAGCCUCUUUUAUACAUGACGUAAAGCAAGACGAAAGAUGGCUUUACCUCGAACGAACCGG